GCUUUGCCCGUCCCUCCGCCAUCUUCGGACACCUCCGAAACGGCUUCCGCCGCGGCGACUGCGGCGCUUGGGCCAGCCGCAUCUCCAUAGAUGAUGAAGACGAACAGAGGCUCCAUGAGAGGCAGCGCCAGAUUCUACGACUGAUUCCGCUUUCCAGGACGAAGUCCGAUUCCAACGCUGGAGCCCG